AUGCGUCUUGCUCUGUCUCUACAAUAUGUGUUAGGCUUUUUGCCGUUAGGAACUUGCAUACUGAGCCCUUUGCCACCUGACUACAAAAACGCAGCUGCUCAAUGGGCGUUUUUGUCAUACAAAAACCCUUCACUAGCAGUUCUACCCGGCCAUUUUAAUCGCUCAGUCUUUGUUCCAUUUACCAACAGUGAGGUUUCUGAUCCUUCGCUCGCUAAAGACCUGGACUACGUCAAUUCAACAAACUUUGUGGCCUAUGAUGAAAAGUUCUUCGAUCUUCUUGGGCCAGAUGCCAAGAUACGUCAAGUACAUCAGCUCCCCUUCCAAACCCAUGAAGCACCAUGUUACAAUCCUGUAACCAAGGAUCUCUUAUUCAUUGAGUGGGGACCGCCUGGAGGCGAUAACGGGUUCCAUGAUUGGCAAUAUCUGUUGAACACGGAGACGCACAAACUGCGUAAGAUCAAAACAGAUCCUCCAAUUCACAAUGUUCAUGGAUGCGCGGUCUUUGACGGAGACUACUAUGUCAUUACUGAUGGCAGUAGUAACGAGACUUCUUCUCUCAACAAGAUUACUCCCGAGUUGAAAAAGACUACUCUGCUUAACAAUUACUUUGGAUUACCAUUCUCGGGAUUUAAUGACAUGGAUGUCGACGACGAGGGUAACUUCUGGAUAACCGAUGAUCACUAUGGAUUUGGAGCUGGGGUUGUCAAGUAUACGCCCCCAACGCUGUCGACUGUCUAUUUCGUCAACAAAACCACACUUCGACCCCGGCCUUUCCAUACCACCAACGGCCAAGCUAAUGGCAUCACAUUUCACAAGGGACAAGACAAAAAAGGUACAAUCUACAUCUCCAACACAGCAGCAUCUCAGCCUGGACCUGCUCCCCACAAACUCAACUCUUUCGGUCCCCGAAAACUCACAUCCUUCGAUGUGUCCUAUCCUGGGGCUAUUACAUCAAACAAGAAACUGUUAAGCGUUCCAAUCGCCUUUGUGUACGAUGGAAUUAAAGUCUCUAAAAACGGUUGGGUGUUUGCGGGUUCUGGUAAUGGAGUGGAUGUGAUUGACCCGCGAAGUGGUGAGGCUAUAGGAGCAAUUCGUGUCGGUGGUGGCGACUAUAUUGCUGUUAAUGUGGCAUUUGUGGAAAAGGAAAUGUGGAUUGUUGGGGCGGGAGGUAUUUGGCAAGUGACAGGCUUCAAGGAAACUCUAGCUAGAGGCUUUUAG